UGUUCACUCCGUAUUUAAGACUGGCCUGAACAACGACUAUAUUGUUCGUCUGUUGUCAUUCGAGCCUUGGAGUAGUGCGGGGAUCGAGAUGGAGAAGGCAGCUAUUCUGCUAAUGGUUUUGUUUACUUUUUGCGGAAAGUUCUCCGAAUUUUUCGAUCUUUGGACGACGACCGUUUUACACGAAAAAGAUGUGACGAGCACUGAAGACAUACCGGACUUUAUAAGUUUGGUAAGUAGACAUGGCUAUCCAGCGGAAGAGCACCAAAUCACGACGGAAGACGGGUAUGUACUACACGUUCAUCGAAUUCCCGGAAGCCCAAAGUCACCUCCUGCGCCGGGAAAACCCGUGGUCUACAUUCAGCACGGCAUACUCGGAGCCUCGGUUUUAUUCGUCCUUGGCGGACCCGACAAGGAUCUUGCAUACAUCCUAGCCGAUGCCGGCUACGACGUCUGGCUGGGCAACGCCCGAGGGAACACCUACUCCCGAUCGCACAAGAUCUUAUCACCGGAUACCGAUCGUCGAUUCUGGCAAUUCAGCUACCACGAGAUAGCGAUUUACGACGUGAGCGCGGCGAUCGACUACGCCCUCUACAAAACCGAUCGGAAGUCCCUCGUCUACAUCGGUCACUCAAUGGGCUCGACCAUGAGCUUAGUCCUGCUGUCCACGAAGCUGGAGUACAACGACAAGGUCCAUUUGGUUAUCAACCUCGCCACCGUCUGCAACAGAAGGCAGUCUAAUUAUUUUGUGAACUUCUUUAAGGACAAUGGCUGGCUCCUCAAGUCGCUCAUGACAGCCGGUGGAAUGACGGAGAUAAUGCCUCGAUCGGCCCGUUACAGUCGUCUCUUCCACAACAUGUGCAGCGACGGCAGCGCCCUCCAGGAGUUCUGUGUCAGUGCAUUGCGUAACACCACCGGCUUUGACCCCGAUGUCCUGGACUUCAAGCUGUUGGUCGAGGCGUUCACCCACAAUCCCGCCGGAGCCUCCGCGCAAACUUUUGUCCACUUUUACCAGAACAUGAUUGCAGGUCGGCUACAGAUGUACGAUCACGGGGUGAUGGGAAAUCUGGCGCGUUACCGGCAAAUUACUCCGCCAGCUUAUAAUCUGGAAAACGUCGUCACGCCCGUCGUCAUGAUUUACGGGAAGGGCGACCCGAUAGCUCCGCCGGAGGAAUCGCUGGAUUUAUUGGGCAUCCUAAAAAACGCUCGGGCCGAGAGCGUGCCGCACGACAACUUCGGCCAUAUGGACUUCUUGUGGGCGAAAAACGUCAAGAGGCUGCUGCAAGACCGUAUCCUCGAAAUUAUCUCGGAAUUCUCUGAACGACGGUGACGUCAAGAGAACACUUUUUUUAUCGUAUUUUAAAUAAACAAUUCUUUUCGUCGACCGA